AUGGCUUCUUCUAUUCUCAAAACCUCAUCAACCAUAAUUUGCACAACACUCGCCAUUUCAACAUCGAUUCUAAUCUUCAUCAUUGUUUUCUCAUUUUCGAACCAUCCUAAAUGCCUACAGCCUAACAUCAUUCACAUGACAACACAUCAAUCCUCAUUGCCAUCUUAUCACACAACAAACAUUUCCCACCUUGUUUUUGCAAUAUUGGGCUCUACAAAUGCAUGGCACUAUCGAAAAUCCUACAUUGAGUCAUGGUGGCGUCCAAACAUCACACGUGGCUACCUCUACCUCGACACAGCUCCCACAGACGAUCUCUUGCCAUGGUCGCAUGCCUCCCCUCCUUUUCGUAUUUCUGAUGAUAAUACAAAGUUAUUGGAGGAAACAAAACAUGUUUCACCAUUCAUGGUGCGAAUGGUGCAUGCGUUGAUUGAGGUUUUUAGGGAAGAGAGGGAAGGGGUACGAUGGUAUAUCAUGGGAGAUGAUGACUCGAUCUUUUUUGUUGACAAUUUGGUGGAUGAAUUGUCAAAAUAUGAUCAUACAAAGUACAUAUACAUUGGUGAUAACUCGGAGAGUAUAUCAUCAAAUCAAAUAUUUUCGUAUGACAUGGGAUUUGGUGGAGCCGGAGUCAUAUUGAGUUAUCCAUUGGCGGAAAUGGUGCAAAAAAAUCUUGAAGAUUGUCUUGGAAGGUACCCGUAUUUGAGGUUUGCCGAUCAAACAUUGAUGACUUGUAUUAAUGAUUUUGGAGUUUCACUAACUAUUCAUCGAGGCCUUCAUCAGAUGGAUCUACAUGGGGAUGUAUCUGGAUUUUUAUCUUCACACCCAAAAACUCCAUUGCUUUCUCUCCAUCAUUUAGACCACCUUGACCCGAUCUUUCAAUCUAUGGAUCGUUUUGAAUCUGCAAAACACCUCAUGAAAGCUGCAGACGUUGACCAAUCUCGUUUGGUGCAACAAACUAUAUGUUAUGAUAGACGAUUAACUUGGUCUUUUUCAUGCUCAUGGGGAUAUUCGAUUCAGAUUUAUGAGAAAGUCAUUCCUCGUAGCAUCCUAAAGUUCCCGUUUGAGACAUUCAAGCCAUGGUUCUUGGACUCUCAGCCACCUUUAUUCAUCUUCAACACAAGACCAGUAGUCGCAAACGAUCCAUGUGCAACUCCUCAUGUGUUUACAUUUGAAUCCAUAAAAACUAUCAAUGGAAGUGAAGUUCUAACAAAUUAUAAUGGAAAAACCGAAUGCUGUGACGUGGUCGAGAGCAAUGUCAUGGAGACUCUUUUAUCUAUUGGGCCAAAAUCGAGCACACUCUACGAGUGCACCAUCGACUUUAACGGAGAAAAGGGUGAAGGGUUGUCAAUUUGUAAAGCAUGUGAGAAAGGAAGAGAAGCCACUGAAAUCCUACUGGAGGUCACCGGAAAACGCCACUGGAGAAGAGAGGAGGGAAGGGCGGUUGCGCUAGAGCUUGACCUCUUUAAGAUUGAUAUAAACUUCUUAUUCUUAAAGUUUUUUUAUUCUCUCUUCUAUCUUGAAAACAUAACAUAUACCACCGCUAACCACCACCAUCGAAUGUGGUGGAAGCUACUAGAAAACCACCCUAUAAUAAACAUGAAGUCGCUAUGUGGUGAUGAGGUCAAUGAUGCUAAAUUCUACAUGGAUAUAUUGUCUAAAAUCUCAUAUCCUUCUUAA